UCUUAACAGUCAGCCGGCGAAUCACUCGGCUAGAAGAAAUAACGGGACGGUUUGGGCGGAGGUUUCUCUAAAGUGAAGGUCAGUGUACAUUUCGAUAUUCAACUGUCUCAGGACCUGGUCUGAAGGAGACAUCAUGAUGGCCUGAUCAACCAAUGGGAACUGUACACGAAGGAAAUUGGAUUCUAUUUUAUUCUACUGUAUUCUUCAGAAGAGAGUAACAAGCUACUGGAAUUUUGUAAAUUAAACUGUCUCCAGAAUCUGCAAUUUGUUUGAAGUGUGCAAUUCAAACAAAUUGCACACUUUAAGUGUAUGCAAUUUGUUUGAAUGAGAACACAAAAUUUUGCUAACAAAGAGUGCUUUUAAAUUUUUUUUAUUAGUUAAAUUAUUUACUUAAGAGAUGCAAUAACAUAUAUUAAUACGUUACUUCCGAGCAAAUGACAUUCCAAAGUCAUGAAAAUUUUUAGAUUUUUAAGAUUUAGGAAAUGACCCAUGUGCGACGAAAGGGUGCUAUGACAAACCUGUAAGGUGCACAUAUUAAUGAUCUUUAAGGUACUUGAGGAGAAGCAUGUAAGAUGUGAAUUCCUGCUCAUAAAACAAUAUUUACUGUUCAUAAAACAAACAAACAAACAAAAAAACAAGACACUUUCUUUAUGUACCAGAAACAAAGGGUUUCUGGCACAAUAUUGCAGCUAAUUUGGUCCCAGAUAGUCUUCAUCUAUUUAAAUGAAUUGGUGCUCGUUGUUUUUCUGUACAGGCAGGACUUGCUUCCGUUUCUCUGGUGGAGCCCUUAAAAGCAGAUGCUUAAAAGCAUGUAUAUCUUUAUAACUGAGAGAUACAUAAACAAAGACAUCAGUCUAUGCAGUUAUAUUUGUGCAUGCACGUACAAAUAUAACUGCAUGAUGUAUUCCCACAUACAUCAUCUACAUAUAUAUAUAAGUUAUUCGAAGCUAGAAUCAUGUUUUGCAGUUCCAAUCCAACCCAUUUUGAGAGUGCAUACUGGAAAAGAGAAUCAGUUAUAAUAUAAUUGUUAUAAUAUAAUUGUUCAAUGUCUUUAAAAAAAAAUUACCUUGUAAACAUUAAAAUCAAGAAGUUUAUGAUUUGUUUGAAAUUUUCCCAGGCCACGCCCACCUUGGCACCGUUUUCCAUGCCAGCUGACAAAUGGUGCGCACCCAAUGAGUCUGUGUACUGUACAUUUCCUCCUAACUGCGCGCUUGUUAGCCGAUCUCCAUCGACUUUACGCUGGGUUUGUGCGAACUGUUAGAGUUCAUAAGUCUGGGUUCAUGCUUGAAAUCAUUCUCGCAGUCUAAACGACGUAGUUCCGCCACACGUUGCUUUAUAUGGAGGAUCGAGCAAGGACCUACAGUGUUUCUGCAGCCUGCAUGCAACACGCUUCGUAUCUGUGUAUGUUGAGGUCAGAAGGGCCAGCAGACAACAUGGAAAGAGGGUGGUUCCUCGGACAUGAGAGGAUACUCCCCCCCAAAUCUCAACAGCCAUUGUCUAGCUGCAGCGGUGGGUCCAGGCCCUUCUUGACUGUAAACGUGAACGAAAUGCUUCGAGCUGACAAGCCCAACACCGUCAGGAAGCCUGUCCCAAUCCGCCCGCCAAGUCCCAGAGUUACUCGGCCAAAAGGACAAGACUCCCACAGCUUCCUGACCUGCGAGCCUACGCCGAAGCCCAUCAUCCGACAAAGGUCACGCUCUCUGCCUUCUGAGACCCAGAACAAAAAGAAACAAAGCAGAGGUGUUGGCGUGAGGUUUGUCGACUCUCUUGGGCUGGACCUGGAAGACGUCAGGGUGUUUAAAUCAGGCGAAGACCCAUUUGUGCCACAACAUGUUACCUUCCGACUCCUGAUGGGUGCCGAGAUGACAGAUGGAAAGCAUCUUGAGAUUAACUUGCCAUACCUAAAGCCGGUUUUUGCCCAACAGCCCGGUGACCAGCCGGAGUUCCUGCGGCGUCUCCAUGAACAGAAAGUGUGUCUGGAGAGGGUCUUGUGCUUCGAACUGGGCAUUAUCGGCAUCACCCAAGUCCUAAAUUUAGACUUUGAGAAAGAAGUUGAAGUUCGGUAUUCGUUUACGGAGUGGAAAAGUUCUGCGGAAACCAAGGCUUCCUGGGUCUCCACUGUCACCAAAACCUGCGAUGGAGUAGGAAGAAGAGGGCAGGAAUUUAGUUGUGAUACAUUUCGUUUCCACCUAACAGUCCCUCCCUCCCUUCGACCAGGAGCGCAGCUGGAGUUUGCUAUCCAAUACAAAGUUUGUGGGGCUGAAUACUGGGACAACAACGAUGGAAAGAAUUAUAAAUUAGUCUGCCAAAACUACAAGCUAACAGUGCCUAAAGAAUGUGAAGACAGCAUGGUGCAUUUCAUUUAGGAUGCAGACUACAUGGGGGGAAAAAAAUGCAAUGUGAGCACUUUAAAUCUAGUAGCAAUACAUAUUGAGAAUACCUACAGAGGAUAUGUUGCUUAAGCACUGCUAGCAAAAUUAUGCUUAGCAACAGAAUCUACGAGCACUUUUAUAGAUGAGAGGAGAUCUAGCACUAAGGCAUUUGUAGUUUUAAAAAUUGCACUAAAUAAAGAAAUAAAUAAAUAAUAUGUAUACACGCCACAAAGGGACACUUUAAAAAGGGGAGGUCACCCUGCUUGAUAUCUGAUGGAAUAAAGGAUUUCAUGCAAAAUUUGUUGCCCAAUAUUCUCUCAGUAUACAUUUUUACUCGGCUACUAUUAAAUAUGAUGUCCAGAGCAUUUUCCAAAUAAAAACAAUUUAAUAAAAAAUGUAGGUGUUUUAUUUAGAGAUGCAACAGUCAUCUUUUUCCUGUUCAAUGCAGAUUUUCAGUUUUCUACUAAAUCUUUUUUUUUGUUGUUCUAACCACAAAAAAGUAACUGAUGAAAGAGAAAAAAAGUGCUUCAAGUUUUCUGAUUGAAGUGUCAAAGCGUUUGUCUGUAUAUGUUUAAUGAAAUUCUAAUCAGUGCACCAGAUUAUGACUUGGUGGAUAGUAAAUGAAACUAAAUGCCAAUCAGAGAUAAUCAAAGGAAAAUAUUGACAGAAUGCAAUCUCUCGGUGAUUGAUUGGUCCAUCUGUAGUUAUAAUUAAUCCCAUCAUUUCUGAUUUGUAGUAAUGAAAUGUGCAUUACAUUUUAAUAUAAUAUGCAAAAAAAUGAAGGUUAAUAAGAUCAGUGUUAUAAAGGGUUGUUUUUUUUCCAAUACUUUCUUUUCAUAUUUACUGAUUAAACAUGCUGUCUGUGUUUGCCUUGAAAAAUAUUAUUCAGUCAAAGAUGAUGGUGCUUCCUAAAUGUAUCCCCUAAAAACUGACACUCAGUGUAAGAAUGAAUUCUGCAUGAACAACUGGAUUGGAUAUUGGUAUUGUGAGUGACACUUUGAUAAAUACAUUAAAAACCUAUAUAAGGGAA